AUGUUACAGGUCCAGUAUUUGGUUCUGCUUAUCAUUGAUUCCCUGGCUUUGGUGACUUAUAUUCCUGGGAACAUAUUUAUUAUUUUUAAGAACAUUCAGGACUGGAUCAAGAACAGAAAACGUUCUCCUUUUCUCCAGCUCAUCCUUGGUGUCAGUGGGAUAAACAUUGCUCAAGGACUCUUAAAGUUUGCAUCAACCUUCUUUAUGACGACUAUUGAGAGUACAUUUUUAAGAAAGGUCUACAUGAUUGUCUGCUUGAUCCUUACGUCUUGUAACCUUUGGUUCUCCACCUGGCUUUGUAUAUAUUACUGCCUACAAACUGUUCAGAUAAAGCUCAAGUUUUAUUGCUCCUUACAGAAAACAUUUCAUAAGAUGGUCCCUUGGCUCCACACAUUAUCUAUCCUGGUGUCCUUAGUCAUGAGCAUCCCAUUUGCAUUGAAGACCUCAGAAGACCAGUCUUCAAAUAUAACAUUGUCUGCUUUACCAUCAAACGCAACUUUGACGAUUGCUGUUGAUGUUAAUGAAUUGAUAACAUUUAUAGCUUCAGUCUUAAAGCACAUUUCAUACCUGGUUUCAUCAUUGGGAUUCCUGCUUAUGUUCAGUUCCUCAAUGGCCAUCAUCCUCUCUCUUUGUUUGAACAUAAGGCACAUAAAACCAAAGGCUGGAUGCUCAAGACAUCAAGAUGCAGAAGCUUGUUUGAAGGCUUCAGUUCUUCAUCUGGAGGCAGCUAAAGCUGUAUCUUGUAUUGUAGGUGUUAAUGUAGUUUUAUGUGUUGCUGUUAACAUAUUGACCUCUGCAUCUGGGGGUGCUAUUUGGACAUUGGCAUUUUCCAUUGCAAAUACUAUUGUUCAAAUUCUUAGUUGUCUGAACCUGAUAAAAGGGCAAGUGAAUGUAAGUAAUGUGUCUAUUUGCUGCUUUUGUAAUAAGAAAAAUGUUAAUGAAAUUGAAAAUUGA